CGGUGCGGGCGCCUUUUCCCAGCGGAAAGAACGUAAGCAGCGUGAAGUGCGCUGGACCGCGCAGGCGCAGGCGCGUCUUCUGGCUCCGGGCCCGAACGACGCCACUCCAGAUCUUGUGAUUGCCCAGAGACUGGGCCCGUGACCACACCCCUAGCGACCAACGAACCAAUAGAGGAGGCUUUAGUGGUUGCCAAGGUAAACUUCUAGCGGCAAGAUGGCAGCCGCCAGUCAAGGAAGCCGGAGCUCCCGCCCGCAGCGCCGGGACCCGCAGGGGCGGCCGCCACAGGACGGUUACGGUGUCUACACCUACCCCAAUUCCUUCUUCCGAUAUGAAGGGGAGUGGAAAGGCGGGAAGACCCACGGUCGCGGGAAGCUGCUGUUUAAGGACGGGAGUUACUACGAGGGCGAGUUUGCCGACGGGGAGAUCGUGGGCCAAGGCCGCCGCCACUGGGCCGCCACAGGGAACACCUAUUCUGGUCAGUUUGUCUUUGGAGAGCCCCAAGGCCACGGCGUCAUGGAGUACAAGGCGGGGGGCCGCUACGAAGGGGAGCUGUGCCACGGCGUGAGAGAAGGACACGGGCGUCUGGUGGACCAGGACGGGCGCGUGUACUGGGGGUCCUUUCACAACAACAAGCGACACGGCCGCGGGCACAUGGCCUUCCCGAACGGUGACGAGUAUGAAGGCGACUGGGUGCGGGACCAGCGGCAGGGCCACGGGGUGCUGCGCUGCGCGGACGGCUCCACCUACGAGGGACAGUGGCACAGUGACGUCCGCAGCGGCCUGGGCAGCAUGGCCCACUGCUCCGGGCUCGUCUACAGGGGGAUGUGGAUCAACGGCCACCCGGUGGGCCGAGCCGUGAGGACCGUGGUUCUGGGCCCGGAGGUGAUGGACGUCGCCCGGGGCGCCUGCUUCACGGUGCGCGUGCAGCUGCUGCAGGACAACGGGGCGGUGGCCACCA